AUGCCUUUCAGCAGCAUGAUCCAGGAGAUGAAGGGCGAGAUCGGCGCCAUCUCGUCGCGCGGCCUGCUGCGGUUCCGGUCGGACCGGCCGGGGGGUCACGCCGCCGCCGGGCGAGCGCCGGCAGCCGAGCCCCCGGACGAGGCGCUGCGGGAGAGCUGCUGGGCGCAGGUGCCCCCCCGAGCUCCUGCGGAUGGUGCUGGCCAGGGUCGAGGACGAGGAGGCGCGGUGGCCAGGCCGCAGCGCCGUCGUGGCGUCCGCCGGCGUCUGCCGCUGCUGGAGGGCCGUCGUCAAGGAGCUCGUGCGCGUCCCGGAGGCGUCGGGGAAAUUCACCUUCCCCAUUUCUCUCAAGCAGUUCUUGAUGAGUACAAGAGUUCUGGGAGAGUUCUGUUGCUCUUCAUGUUUUUAUCGAUAGGUUCGUUAGCUGAUGAUGGGAAAUUUCUACUUGCUGCACGCAGAAGUCGUAGGCCCGCAGGCACUGAAUACCUGAUCUCACUUGAUGCAAAGAAUACAUCAAAAGGUACCUGCAUUGGCAAGCUAAGGGUGCCAAGAAAGAUGAACUGUGUCAUGGAUUCCAUCCCUGUAUCAGCGAUUAAAGGAGGGACUGCUCCCAUGCAGACUGAAUUUCCAUCUAUUAACUCCAACUCUUUUGCAUCAGUUCCAUUCUUCAGAAAAUCAGGUCGUCUGGAUAAUUCAGGUGUUCAGCUAGCCACUCAGAAUGAAGCUAAGAUUGUGCUGAAGAACAAGUCCCCCAGAUGGCAUGAACCGCUGCAAUGCUGGUGCCUGAAUUUCCAUGGGCGGGUCACGGUUGCAUCUGUUAAGAACUUCCAGUUGGUGGCUUCAGGCGAGAGUGAUCUGAAUAACCAGGAUGACGACGACGUGAUACUCCAGUUUGGCAAGGUCGGGAAGGACUUGUUCACCAUGGACUACCGUUAUCCGAUAUCUGCGUUUCAGGCAUUUGCCAUCUGUCUGAGCAGCUUCGAUACCAAAAUUACUCGCGAAUGA